AAGACAAAAAUGAAAAGUAGAAGUGGAGCUCGUUUGUUGCGCACGCGAAGCGUAAACACGAGCACCUAAAAACCGCCGUACCCCGUGAGCAAACGGCACUUGGAGGAAACAUCCUCCACCGGCCCGGGGGGGAAAAGGAUCAAACAACGGGGAUAUAGAAAAGAACCUGAAAAGCGCCAAACAAAAACAGCCGGCUUUACGGUGAAAAAACGAAAAAUUGACGGAAGCAGCAAACGGGCCGUUCCACUCGACGUCUCCGUGCCUCACCUCCUAAUAAAAUUACUCUUCUUCAAGUCUUGAUAACGACAUGCUCCUCGUUCUCGUUACUCGAAAGCAACAGCUGCAACUGCAGCUGCGUCCCUCAGCUCCCGUAGCUGUUAGUUACGAAUAUUCUAUUCCAUUCUAGAGAGAGAAAAAAACGAAAGAGUUAUAUUUCAUAACAGACGUCUAGACAGAGAAAAAGCACGAAGCAUCAAUAGCCAAAAGAAAAAAAAAAUAGAACCUCCGUAAUCUCAAAGCAAUUUCAUUUUACACAGAGAGAGAGACAGAAGACGAACAUACAUUUUUGUAUAUAUGUAUGUAUAGAAACAGAAUUUCAGAAUCCUAAAUCGUCGUGAAUGCGAAAUUUUUCUUUGAAAAGAUUUGACUUGAAUUGCAGUUAUAUUGAAUUUUAAACGAGAAUGCAAGGGGAGGCGAUUUCGAUUCGGGAGAAUGAGAGGGCUAAAAGUGUGGAUGUGGAGACUUCCGAGGAAGAGAAACGAAGAACUAGCAGCAGAUCUCUGAAGAAAAAGGCAAUGAGUGCAUCUACGAGGCUCACUCAUAGCCUCAAGAAGCGUGGGAAGCGGGUGGCCGAAUGCCGAUAUGCCGCGAUUUCGAUCAAUGAUGUUCGAGACGCGAAGGAAGAAGUGGCUGUGAAUGCGUUUCGCCAGGCAUUGAUUGCAAAAGAUUUGCUUCCGCCUCACCAUGAUGAUUAUCACACAUUAUUGAGGUUUCUAAAGGCUCGAAAGUUUGACCUUGAUAAAACUCUCUUGAUGUGGUCAGAAAUGCUCAACUGGAGGAGAGAGCAGGGAGUAGAUUCUAUCAUACAGGAUUUUAUAUAUGAUGAAUAUGAAGAAGUUCAGCGAUAUUAUCCUCAUGGUUACCAUGGUGUAGACAAAGAGGGCCGACCUGUUUAUAUAGAAAGACUUGGCAAAAUUGAACCUAGCAAGCUAAUGAGUGUCACUACAGUGGAUCGGUUUUUAAAAUAUCAUGUUCAGGGAUUUGAGAAGACUUUUGCUGAGAAAUUUUUUGCGUGCUCUAUUGCAGCCAAGAGGCAUAUAGAUUCUACAAUAACAAUAUUGGAUGUGCAUGGCCUGAACUGGAUGAGUUUUGGAAAGGUUGCACAUGAUCUAGUUAUGCGUAUGCAGAAAAUUGAUGGUGACAACUAUCCUGAGACAUUACAUCAGAUGUUCAUUGUAAAUGCUGGUAGUGGAUUCAAACUGCUAUGGAACACAGCAAAAGGUUUUCUUGAUCCAAAGACUACUGGAAAGAUAAAUGUUUUAGGCAAUAAAUUCCAAAAUAAGUUGUUAGAAGUUAUAGACCCAAGCCAAUUGCCAGAAUUCCUUGGUGGAUCUUGUUCAUGUCCAAAUGAAGGUGGUUGUCUUAGAUCUAACAAGGGGCCCUGGAAUGAUCCAGAAAUAAUGAAACUGGUACAUGCUGGAGAAGCAAUGAUCUUGAGGAAAAUGAAGAGUUUUUCUGAUGACGAUGAUUUUGAAAUCAGGCCAUUUCCCUCUAAGGUUUCUAGAAGUGAAAUAUCUUCUUCUAAUUUAGGCUUAGAUAUAAAGCCAAAUACAUCAAGCUUCAUUCAACAAAUGCCACUUUCUGAGAAAGGAAGAAGGAUGGGUGAUCCUGCUUCUCUCUGCAACCUGAUUGAAUACAUUCCAGCAAGAGUUGAAGUAUCUAGUUCAACAAAUGAUUCAGCCAAUAGUGUCAGCACAACAAUAGUGCAGAAGAAGUUCAUUCCUCAUAUAACAAGUUUUGUAGUUCACUUCAUGCUCAAAUUGUUAGCAUGGAUAUAUCUUCUUGUGCCAGCAGUGGGGAGAAUUUUUUCAGUCCGACGUGCAGACAGACAAUUACCUAACCAACACAACCUACCAGUGGCAGAUUCAAGUUCUCAAGAGCAACACAUCUCACGGGAAAUAAAAGAGGACUCACUCCAGCCAUGCUGGCAGAGGUUGCAACAUUUAGAAACAAUGGUAAAUGAGCUGGUUAGCAAACCUACCAAAAUUCCUCCUGAGAAAGAGGACAUGCUUCUUGAAUCUUUGAGUCGGAUUAAAUCUAUAGAACAUGAUCUGCAGAAGACAAAGAAAGCUCUGCUUGCGACUGCAUCAAAACAGGUGGAGCUUGCUGAGUCAUUCGAAAAUCUUAAAGAGAGUACCUUAGCUGGAGUGAAUUCAUGUUGGCCAAGAAAUUGCAAAACUUUUUCCCUGGAAAGAUGAGAUGUAUUUCUUUCAAAACAAGUUUGUUGAUGUUGUUAUUGCGCAAUGUCUCUGUGUGAUUCUUAAGAAUUCAGUCAUUAACCAGAUGCAAAUUAGUUCAGCAAAUUCAAAGAGAUUAGCCAUUCUAGGUUCUUACCUUGCAGAGAAUGUCUCACUCUUCACCUGGCCAUGGAUUUCAGGAUGUUUCAGAUAAGCAUCGCAGUGAGCAUGACACACCUGUAUGGUAUUCCUCGUGAUUCUGUACAUAGCAAAGAUCAUUUGGUUCCUUUUUUUUCCUCAGACUGAAAAUAUGCAAACCACAUUGACAUUAGUAUUGAAAACCAAAUGCUCAUUUCAGAAAAGAGUUCUACUAGAAAAUUUUAUGAAUCGAGGCAAUUUAAUGCACAAUCGUUGUUUCAACAUUAA